AUGUUUGGUAGAUUAGUAGAUAUAUCGGAUUCCGAUUCCGAUGAAGAAAUCAAUUUAUUGGGAAAUGAAUUCGCUCAGAAGAACUCGUUGGAUAGCAACGGUGGUGGAGCUCAGAGAAAGAAUAGCGUGAAUCAUAUGCCUACGAUCGGUGGAAGUCACAGCAGUGGAACUCAGGAGACCAUUUUGAAAAUGUUCGAUGAGAAGCGAAGAACUCGUGCCAACACCGACAUCAAACAGAUCUCUGAUAAGCACUCGGAUGUCGAUCGUCGUAUCUCAUACCUGCUCUCGGUCAUCGAAAGACCCUGGACUUUUGUAGAGCUAGAUGGUCCAGUCUGUUCGAUCGAAGGUGAACUACUCAAGAAGAAACGAUUCUCCUCCGGUUGGAAACGUUAUUAUUUCGCAUUGAAUGGAAAUAAUUUAUAUUAUUAUAAAUCUAAAACUUCAAAGAAACCAAAAGGAAUUAUUUCUAUUUCAUUUGUAUCACCACCGAUCGUCUUGGGAGAAAAGAAUAUCAUUGAUAUGAAAACACCGGAAUUCAGUAACUACAUGUUCCAGGUGUUCUCCUUCAAGAGAAUCGAUUCAUUCUGUGCGUGUAACAACGAGGAUUUCGAGCGUUGGAAUUUUGUGAUGCAGAAAUUGGCAAAGAAUACAUUGUCAGCCGAUGACUACAACGAGCGUUUCGAAGCAUUCCAAGAGGUAUUCCCAUUGUUUGAGAAAAAGACAGAGUUGGAGCUCGAUCGUUUACUCUUGUUGCUCGCAGAGAUCGAUAAUAAAUCAACACAUAUCAUCGGUAAAGCAAAGAAGGAGAAAACAGGAAACCUAUUGAUGAUGGAAGACGAUGAAAAUACAGGUGAAAUCACAUGGAAACAAUAUUAUUUCGCAUUACUAAAUCAAUGCUUGUACUUUUAUAAAUCUUCAAAGUUGCCACCACAAGGAGUUAUUACAUUGAAAUAUACAGAUAUAUCUAGAUGUGAUACAUCGAUUUCAUCGGAUUUACAAUAUUCAUUUAAAUUAUCGACACCUUUGUCUGUGUUUAUUCUGAAAGCGAAACACCAGAUUGCGAUGGACGAUUGGGUGGAUGCACUCGAGUGUUCAAAGUCUGGCAGACCGAGACAAGCACUGUCAGAGAAUGGCGAGAUUGGAAUCAUUCCGCUGGGUAACCAGAUUAGUGGUAUUAGCGGUACACCACCAAAGGCACAGUUCAGUGGACUCGGUAAGAAGUUUGUACCGACACUCACCUACGUGCCACACAGUGCAGCACCGGGAUCAAAGCCAAAGGUUUCCAAACUAUCGUUGGGUUCCAACACUGUCGGUCGUUCCGAUUCUUGUAAUAUAGUUGUAGAGGAUAAACUGGUGUCUAGAACUCACUGUAAGAUCGAAGUGAGUGAGAAUGGUUGUGUUUUAUUGGAUAUGGGUUCCGGUCAUGGAACCAAAGUAAAUCGUAAGCUUAUCGAUCGUCACAUUCUGGAGGUUGGUGAUAAAAUUAAAAUUGGAAAAACAAAGUUGAAAUUCGAUAUUUUAAGAAAUAGUAAAUCAGGAUUUGCCAAGAAUUUUUCGAAAAUUAUAUAA